AUCUUCUGACAGUUUUGUUAGAGUAGUACCUCAUUUAUCAGUCACGUCUUGUAACUGUGUGCCAAAGAAGGACUCCAUGAAAGAUGACAGAAGAAGUUAUUGUUAUAGCCAAGUGGGAUUACACUGCACAGCAAGAUCAAGAACUUGACAUCAAGAAGAAUGAGCGUCUGUGGUUGCUAGAUGAUUCCAAAACUUGGUGGAGGGUAAGGAAUGCAGCCAACAAAACAGGAUAUGUGCCAUCUAAUUAUGUGGAGAGAAAGAACAGUUUGAAGAAAGGCUCCCUGGUUAAAAAUCUCAAAGACACAUUAGGGCUGGGUAAAACAAAAAGAAAGACAAGCACAAGAGAUGCCUCUCCCACCCCUAGUACAGAUGCAGAGUAUCCGUCCAAUGGAAGUACUGCGGACAGGAUUUAUGACCUCAACAUCCCUGCCUAUGUUAAAUUCGCAUAUGUUGCAGAAAGGGAGGAUGAACUCUCCCUAGUGAAAGGAUCUCGGGUCAUCGUUAUGGAAAAGUGUAGUGACGGUUGGUGGCGAGGCAGCUACAAUGGACAGAUCGGCUGGUUUCCUUCGAACUAUGUUGUAGAGGAACUUGAAGAAGCAACAGCUGAUUCCCCAAGUUUUCUCAGUUUAAGAAAAGGAGCAUCCAUGAGUAAUGGCCAGAGUAUGAAAGUGCUCCAUAUUGUUCAAACACUCUAUCCUUUCAGUUCUGUGACAGAGGAAGAGCUCAACUUUGAGAAAGGGGAAACAAUGGAAGUUAUUGAAAAACCCGAAAAUGACCCAGAAUGGUGGAAAUGUAAAAAUUCCCGAGGGCAAAUUGGCCUCGUACCUAAAAACUAUGUAGUAAUCUUAAGUGAUGGCCCUGCCAUGAACACUUCUCAUCCACCUCAGAUAAGCUAUACAGGGCCAUCUUCUACGGGACGGUUUGCUGGAAGAGAGUGGUAUUAUGGGAAUGUUACGCGACAUCAGGCUGAAUGUGCCCUUAACGAGCGGGGUGUCGAAGGGGACUUCCUCGUUAGAGAUAGUGAAUCUUCGCCGAGUGACUUCUCCGUAUCUCUUAAAGCAUCAGGGAAGAAUAAACAUUUCAAGGUGCAGCUUUUGGACAAUGUCUAUUGCAUUGGACAGCGGCGGUUUCACACUAUGGAUGAAUUGGUGGAACACUACAAAAAGGCACCUAUUUUCACCAGUGAACACGGGGAAAAGUUAUAUCUCAUCAAAGCACUUCAGUGACGUUAAAGGCGGGCUAGGCUGCUUAGUCCGCCUCUUGCUAAAAGCCUAGUCCUCUUCUCACUAAACUUCAGGCCUUAGGUCCAACAUUCACCUACACGGAGCAGAGAUGACCUCCUACCUGAUACAGACUCCAACCUGGAGCCCUCCCUCAGAGGGCUUUCCUCUAUCGGGUGGUUCGUCCUUGAUUUCUCGUUCAUUUGCCCAGUUUGUCUUUUUCCCCUUCCAGUUCUGUUGGGUUCAGUUUGCCUCCCCUCAGGUUAAAAGCUUAAGUGACCAUCAUCAGUACUCACUUUACCGCCUGAGUUCUAAAGCCCCUCUCCCGUCCCCGGUUUACAGAAUUUGGAGAUGAGAGAGGAAGGUGAGUUCGGUUUGCUUUUGUUCUUUUCGAUUGAAAACAGUGUUAAUCUGUUUAAAUGGUUCAUGCUGACAGAACUCUUAGUUAAGAGACAUUGGGCACAGUUUGAAUGCACUGAAGCUACAGCUAAUUAAGUGAAAUAUAGUAGACAUAAACAGGUGUGGCUCUGAGUUCUGUAGCUCUUUUGCUUACCAGGUAGUGUAGGACAGAUUCCUAGGUUCUAGAAGCACUCCACGCUGUAUUCUGCUAUUACAUCGCUUCCUUGACUCUGUAAGAGUACACCAAUUAAGGCAUUUUGUAAUAGGACUUCUUCAACUACUAUGGUAAAAUUGUAGACAAAGAAAUCUAUCUAGUGUAUUUUGGUCUGUGGUUGCAACCAAGAGAAUUUCCUUGAAAAUUGAUUUGCAAGAGAGAGAGAGAGAAUCAGUGACUUAUGAAGACUGAAGGUUUUGGUAAUCUAUACAACCAAAUGUGCCAUCUACAUAAUCCUUUUUCCUCUUGCCCUUCUGCUUGUUUGAAUUUUAACAAUUAUGUAUUUAAUUCUCAAAGUAAUAUGUAUCUGUAUCUGUUUGUUGACACUAAUGCAGAUGAUUACAAAAAAACUGAUCUUUUGGGGAAGGGGGGCU